UGGCGGUUGCGUCAUGAGUCACGCCCUCUUCGCCGACCAAAAACACUUGCGUCCCGACGUUAGCGCUCCGGGGAGCUGAAACAACAGCGAUUUAUAAACAAGUCUCCUUCUCUAGUCGGUCGAAUCAGCCAGUCGAGUUUUCGAAUAUGGUCUGUGGCGGUUUCACCUGCUCCAAAAAUGCCCUCUGUUCCCUGAAUGUGGUUUAUAUGGUGAGUAAAAAGAAACGGACCAUCAUGCUAAAGUGUUAGCACUUAGCUUAGCUUAGGCUAACUAGCCUCCGAAUGAACGGUUGAAGCAGGUUCGAGGUUAGCCGUGAGCUAACUAGCUAACAGCGCAGGAAACAAUGCUAACGGUUCUGUCUUCUCCUUAUUGUCUCUGUUUCCACCUCGCAGAUGAUUAUCGGUAUGGCUUUUCUUUCUUUAUAGACAUAAAUGUUUGUAGUGUAUGUUAGCUCGUUAGAUAACCGUAGUUUUAUAGUAUUUAGAGGCAGUUAGAGCUCCCAUCCACAGUGUGAGUCCAGGCAGAGCACCGUUAGCUGAGAGGCCAGCAGACCCACACUGUCAAACUGCUUUAUCUCCCACAUCCUUAUCGGGCUUUUCUCAGCCAUAUAUUAUCAGUCCAUGUGUCUGUUUUUGUCUUUGUUUUACUCAGAGGAGGUUUCGUAAUCUCACAGUGUGGCUCAGCUCCACGUUAAACCAGGAUAAACACCUGAACAUAAACCUUUGUGCUGUCUCUGGAAUAAUCAGAUUUGGUCUUUAGUAAAAUUUUAAGGUACUUGUCCAACCUAAAAUGAACUUUGUAUUAAGUCUAUAACAACUAAAUAUAAUCAAACACAACAGCUUUACCACAAGAUUUUUGUUGACAUACUUAGAGUGGUGAUAGAUGUUAUUCCCUUUGGUUGACGGACUGGAGUGCAUUGAAAGUAUAUUGAGAAGUGUUUCUAAUGUUUUGACUUGCUCAUAAAACAUAAGGAACACUUUUAAAUAUAGCCCACCAACACCACCCACCACGUCUAAGGAAUAUUUAAUACAAUCUGAUCAUGAAAAUAAACUGAAUGUAGAAGCUAUUCCUGAAAAUAGCUGUUGUAUUGGACUUACCCAGGCUAUAAUAUGCUGUGGCUUUGCUAUUAUUUAUUAAUGUCAUUAUUUAUAACUCUGUUACGGUCUGGUCUAUUAGAGAGAACGGGGAUAAGUGGCUGACUGAUAUUGUUUUUCCUACAGCUGAUAGCCAAAACAUAAUGCGGUUAUAAUGUUGUUUGUUUUGCAUUUGAUUUACUCCUUCAGUUGAACAAUAGUAGCACCACACGAGUGACAAACUUUCUUAACUUGAAGGAACGUCUUUUCUGGUGUUGGGAAAAUACAAGGUAAAUGUUUGGUUUGAAAAAAGUCACAUUCAGUCCAAUUAUUCCACAAACCUUAAAAUCUAAAAUACAUGGUUUACAUUUGAGCUAGUUAGAUGUAUUAAACAGGUUUGAAGUUAGUGGUAGUAGUAGUAGUAGCAGUCAUUUAUUCAGUCAUGAUAACACCAAAUGUUGUACACAAUAUUGACUUUUCACACAAAAUCAAGAAUCAUGUGUUGAAUAUUAACUGAAAAGGCAGAAGCAGACUGCUUAAAAAAGCCUACCCUGUAUUGUCAACUUUUUAGGCUACCGACCUCCAGAAAAGCAGAGAAACCACAACAACAGAUAAUCAAUCGCACUUAUAAGCUUCAAAAAUAGCUUUACAAGCUAUAGAAAAGAUGGUUAUGACUGAGGAAAUUAGGUUAAUAUGUAAAUAUAUAAAUAGGUAAAUAUUUACACAAGUGUGCAUGAGAGUUAGAGUGAAAGCACAAGACUCGAGACUAACUUUUUCACCAGCCUCCUCACGUUGCUCAACAGCAACCACACUGAAAAGACAGUACAGCUGUUGUGAGCACAGGCCUCAAUCUUAAAUAGUCGAGUAUUUCAAAAUGCCAUCAAUCAUCUGACUGAUUUGUUGGUCUGCCUCUGGUUAGGACGUCAAAAUCUCACAAUAUGAUAAUACAGCAGUAAAAUUUUUGCCAAUCAAAUGAAGGACAAAAGGCGACCCAGGAGGAAGUAAUUAUUUUGACUUUUGAAUCACUUUCUGAAUCUUUUGUUGUCGACCACAGAAAAUGUCUGUAGGUCGUUAGCUAAGGUAAGCAUUCAGUUUACAUCUUGAGCUACAGCACUGACGCAGAGAAGGAAACCAAAAAGGCAUCCUCAUGUCAGAUUUAAGAGCUGCUGGAGCAUCAAUAAUGUGAAAACCGACUCUCUGUUCUCACACGCCACUCUGAAAGCAGAACAAAAAAAAAUUAUGGGUAGGUACCAGACAAUGGUCUCUGUAGUUCCCAUUUCCCUUCACUUUACUGAAAACUACACUUAAUGCCUGUUUACCCACGGUGGCAUCAACACUUGAAGUUACAACAAACAUUUGAUGAACCAGACAAAUGAAAUCCUCUCUCUUCAGUCUUAAAUAAAGAUGCCAUCUGGGCUUGUGUGAAACUGCGUUGGGCUUUUUUCCACCGUGUCAUUUGAUGAAUAAACCCAAUAAUGACAGGAGAAAUGAGAGAAAUCCAUGUAUUAGCUGUAGCUGUAAUAAUACAGUACUGAGCCUCUAUUAAAGGCUUAGGUUGACACAUUAUCCUGGGAAAGCGUUAAUGCUGCGGCUGUCUUACAUCUGUGCGUUAAAAUGAUAAAUACUGUAAUAAAACAGAGGUGAGCGUGUUUGCUUAUGCCUCAUAUUUGCGUUCUUAUUGACCAUAAUAUAAGGUCAUCCAGUUUGGGUUUGUCAGAGAGCAAACAUGUAAUUAAGUCUUCAGUUAGGAGGAGUGUUUUGUUUGUGUUUGUCACACUCACGUACCUGCUGCCCUGCUAUUUUUAAACGUACCAGGUGUGAAUGUUUCAGGCGCCACGGGAGCCUGAGAUCUCGCCAUCCUCAGCCUCCUCACUGCAGAAAAGAAACACUUGAGACUUGACCAAUCCAGUCAGAAAGCCUUGGAACAUGUACACAUGCAGCAGAUCGUGUUGGCAGCUGAGUCACUGUAACUGUCAUAACUGUGACGCCGUAGCUGCUGUGGUGAAUCAGGACGUUCUGUACAUAGAAGUACAACAAGGACAAGCAGUCUCUUUAUAACCGUGCUGUUCCCCCCCUGAGUGAUAUAUGGCUGCAGGAACGUGAACUCUGUAAUGUGAGGGAUUUUUAGGUCUUUAUUUUGACAAACAGACAAACAAACAGCAGAGGGAGUUACACAAUUGUGACCAAACGUAACGGUGAGCUCAGUGUUUUGAUUAGUUUCACGUUGUCACAGACAGUUCAAUCAUUGUCUCGAAGCUGGCAGUCUUAUGACCCUGAGUCAUGAGAAGAAUUAGGAAACAUUUAACCCAAACUCCGGGUCAAACUCUUUCCACGUCUUCCCCUGCUGCUUUGCUUGACAUGUUAUCUUUCUGGCAGCGUCUUUAUCUCCAAUCAGAGUCCCUGUAGACCCAGUUAGCUAUCAUGUGAUACUCUGUGUUUGUGGUCGUCGAAGCUGUGCGCUGUGACUGAGUGAUAAGCUCACUUCCAUCUCUCUAAAUCUGGUUAACUUCCUUCUCUCUGCUCCUGUCAGCUGGUCGGGUUGCUGCUGAUCGCCGUAGCAGCAUGGGGGAAGGGGUUCGGCUUGGUGUCGAGCAUCCACAUCAUCGGCGGGGUCAUCGCAGUGGGCGUCUUCCUGCUGCUCAUCGCCAUCGUGGGCCUCAUCGGAGCGAUCCACCACCACCAAGUCAUGCUGUUCUUCGUAUCCUUCAUCUGAAGAUUAUCAGAAAUAUUUGAUCUGAUUUCUUUUCGCUCAUACUAAUUAACAAAGAUGACCUAUUUCUAACAGCUGAUACUGAUAAAUUUCACAUUUAUUCAAGCUAAUGAAUUAAGUUUUAUGAACACCUGAGGCUAAAGGAGAUUAUAACUUUGUGAGAGGAGAUGAAUGAUAUUAGAUUUUUACUAUUUUAAAAAUGGGCUCUAACAGGUUCUCUGUUUUUGGGACCAGCGUCAGAAAGACUCCUCUAGAACCGCAGAGGUUUGAUAAACACUGAUAUAACAGAGACAGGCUAACAGUGAUCAAUAAUCUGUUGUUCCUAAUAUCUGUUAUGCAGCUCUAAUGAGUCCUCGCAGUGAUUUGGUUUCUGUUGCUUCUUGACUCUCUGCUCUCAGUACAUGGUCAUCCUCUUCAUCGUUUUCCUGUUCCAAUUCGGAGUUUCCUGUUCCUGCUUGGCGAUGAACCGCGGGCAGCAGGUGAAAAAAACACUCUUUUUUAAACAUCUUAAAGGGAUAUUCUGGCUAAAAUUAAUUGGGGUCAAAAAGAGUCAGACACCCCCUCCAGAGAUGAAUGUUGCCGACCGCUUGCUUCUCUAGUUAUACCAACUUUAGUUACAACUGCAGAUAGCAAUACAGAGAGCCACACGCGUGGUUUGUUUAUGGCUCCUCAUACUGCUGUGUGUUUCUAUCGUGCGGUCGUUACUAAAGUUGGUAUAACUAGAGAAGCAAGCGGUCGGCAACAUUCAUCUCUCGACGGUUUGUCUAACUCGACAUUAAAAUCCCUUUAAUGUCAGACUGAAUGAUCCAUAUUCAUUUUUGUGACUCUUUAAUUUGUCGUUUAUUUAGGAGACCCUCCUGAACUCUACCUGGGGGAUGCUGGAAAAUAAGACCAAGAUGGACCUGGAGAGUCAGCUGAACUGCUGCGGGCUGCUCAACGUCACCUCCAGCCGGCAGCAGUUUGAACAGGACGUGCUCUACUGCCCCGCUGUAAGUCUUGAGUGUCACGUUUUUAUUUCUACAAUCACCAGGAAAGAAAAUAAAAUAACAAGAUCCGUCUUCAAAAUAAACCUUCUCCACUAGCACAGGCAGGGGAUGAAAAAGUAUUUUGUUCCUGUUUUCUUUCAGAACACACGUCCUUCUUUUGUAACUGUUCCCAGGCUUCACAGAGAGAUGUCUUCAUAUCACAGAGUAUUUCCAGUUACACAAUAUCUCUUACAGGAUAAAAGCUCCACAAGCAUUUAGAGAAUUAGAAAUAGGACACUUUCUCCAGUUCUCAGAGUUUAUUUUGGUUUCUUACACUGUUUUUUUUUCUUCUUCUGACAAACCGUUGACUCAUCCUGCUGAGGACUACAGGCUCUUUUUUGUCUCUUUCACUCACAGUUGUGCAAACAGAAAAAUUCCUGCUACACCUGCGGGCUCAAGAUGUUGGAUCAUGCAACCGAGGCCCUGAAGAUCCUGGGCGGAGUCGGACUCUUCUUCAGCUUCACAGAGGUCAGUGUCUGCCUAAGAAACCCGCGGUAAUCACCUGUUGAGUCAUUAUCGUAAUUUUUUUGAAGUAGAAAGUGAAAUAAGUUUGAGUUUGAUGUUUGAGGAUCUCUAGUCUGAAUGAAUUAUUGAGUAAAAGGGGGGAAAAAAGGGAAAUUUAUUCAGUGAUUAUGAGGUUUGCUUUUCUUUAUAUGGAGUUUUCAACACAUGUACUCAAUUUGAUAAAAUCACUCCCACCUGUGGAUGUACUUCCCAGGAGAAAACUGAACUUUAAUCAGAUUUUUGAUCCUUCCUGAUCAAUUUGGAGUCAAUUCAGAUGUCUGGAGUUGACCCACUUUAAUUAAAAACAUGAAAAACUGUUGAAUGAAGGAGGUGAAUCCAAGUUUGUCUAAAAGGAGGCUUACAUGUGGCACCAGUGAUGAACCCAGAGAGUAGCCAAGAGGGCAAAUGUCUGAAAAAUCACCUCAUUGGUGCCCUCUUAAAUCCCUUAGUAGUGGAUAAAAAUCAUUAAAAGAGCCUCCUCUGGAAAUAAAAAUCAUAAGAUGAUAUAAACUAAGUGCCUUGUGGUUCCUCUGUGAAUAGAGGAAUGUAAACAAAGCACACGUUGGAGGCUAGAAAAAGUGCACACCAUAACAAAUAAAGACAAAAUGCCUCUUGAUACUUUUUCAUUGAAUAAAAUGUAGACAAAGUGCCUCUGCUUGACGUUCCAGUGGAUAAAAUGUGGACAGUCAGCCGUCUGGAAGUCCUUUGACUGUAUUAAAUGUAAACGAAGUACCUUGUGAAAUCCCUCUCUGUGUAUAAAAUGUAGACAAAGUCAACUCUUGAUGCCAUUUUCGUGUAUAAACUGUAUAAAUUCAUCUUCAAGCAUCUGUGAAGUAUUUUUGAUGAUGUGUUUAAACAAAGUAUAAAAAUGAAUUAAUAUACAGUUGCAAGAAAAAGUAUGUGAACCCUUUUGGAUUACCUGGAUUUGUGUUCUGAUCUUCAUCUAAGUCUCAACAAUGGAAAAACACAUUCUGCUUAAAUUAAUACUGCACAAAAAAAUCAUAUGUUUUCAUUUUUUUAUUGAACACAACAUGAAAAGUAUGUGAACCCCUAGGCUAACGACUUCUCCAAGAGCGAAUUGGAGCCUGCAGUCAGCUAACCUGGAGUCCAAUCAGUGUGAUGAGAUUUCAGGUGUUUAUUAAAGCUGCCCUGCCCUUUGAAAACACACACCAGUUUUGAGUUUGUUGUUCUCAAGAAGUGUUGCCUGAUGUGAACCACACCUACGAUCGCAAAAGACUUACGAUCAAGAAUUGUUGACUUACUUGAAACUGGAAAGGGUUACAAAAGUCUCUCUAAAAGCCUCGAUGUUCAUGCAUCCACGGUCAGACAGAUCGUCCACAAAUGGAGAAAGUCCAGCUCUGUUGCUACUCUCUCUAGGCAUGGUCGUCCUGUAAAGAUGACCACAAGAGCACAGCGCAGAACGCUCAACGAGGUGAAAAAGAGUCCUAGAGUGUCAGCUAAAGUCUUUUAAAAAUCUCUGGCACAUGCUAAAUCUACAAUAAACAAGAAUGGAGUUCAUGAGGGGACACAACAGAGGAAAAACAUUGCUGCAUGUUUGAAGUUUGCAGAAAAGCACCUGGAUGUUCCACAGCACUACUAUGGACAGAUGAAACCAAAAUGUACUUGUUUGGAAGGAAAAAAGGCACAGCACACCAACAUCAAAACUCAUCCCAACUGUUAAAUGCCUCAGGGUUUGGACGGAUCGCUGUCAUCAACAGAAAAAUGAAUUCCCAAUUGUAUCAAGACAUUUAGCAGGAAAACUUCAGACCAUCUGUCCGCCAACUGAAGCUCAACAGAGGACGGAUGAUGCGACAGGACAACAACCAAAAGUAUAAAAGUAAAUCAACAAAAGCACAGCUUAAACAGAAGAAAAUCCACCUUCUGGAGCGGCCCAGUCCGAGUCCUGACCUCAACCUGAUUGAGAUCCUGUGGCAUGACCUUAAGAGAGCGAAUCUGGAUGGUCCAAUAUUCGUCCUGAAUGUUGUGCAGGUCUGAUCUCCAACUACGGAAAAUGUUUGGUUGAGGUUACUGCUGCCAAAAGAGGGUCAACCAGUUAUUCGUUUUCCCAUCCUGCACCGUGAAUGUUUCCAUGUUGUGUUCAAUAAAAAAGUGAUGCAGAAAUCCAAGUAAUCCCAAAGUGUUCACAUACUUUUUCUUGCACCUGUAUGUAGGAUGGAGGAGGAGGGUGAUUCUCUGAAUAUUUAGGGUUGUCCAGUGCCAAUCAAAAUCCUGUCUGAUGCAUUUUCACUGAGUUUAUUUGCUCAGUUCACAUGCAGCAGAUUUAAAAGUAUGUUUUGUGACAAGAACUGGCAGCCCUGACCGGGAUCCCGAGCUCCUGACAUCCCUUAUCUUGUCAUGUGCAGACGAGCUUCACCGAGCCAAUCUCCGUCUCUUUAAUGUCUUUAAACAGAUCCUGGGGGUGUGGCUGGCCGUGCGCUACAGGAACCAGAAGGACCCACGGGCAAACCCAAGUGCUUUCCUAUAGUCAGUCCGCAUGCAGAGCAGCGCCGUAGAAGCCGUUUCAAACACACUGGUACACAUAGAAUCACGCACAUUUAGAGGCAUAAAACACAGCCGACACGACAACACAGAACGAACGAGCGCACACACGCAAGCACGCAGCACCUGACAAACACCGAAAAGAAAACACACACCUUCAUCUGAGACUUGAGAAUCUACAUCCACCUGUCCAGAAACGAUUGCCAGAGCUGAAGCUGGAAGACUGGAUACUUAUGUAUGAAAGGAAAACCUUUAAAAUACCAAGAAGCGCGGCGGCUUGUUGGUAUGUUGACCCAGCCUUGAUUUGAGUACCAGAUUCCCUGCUAGUUCCCGACUAUGUACCGAGCGAUGAGACAUCUCUGCAUGUGUCCCGCGCCUGCACAGACAAACGAGCCUCUUUGUUGAUUUCAUUCCACACGCCAACUAAAACGACUGUGCCGUGUCCGACUAAUAACGUGUAUGCACCUUGAAAUUUUCCUCUCGUCUCUAAUGUAGUGCCACAAAUAUACUCCUCUGGUCAGUGCUAUCGGUGAUGUGUAGAACUGUGUACCCAAACAUGUCCGGUUUGAGUCGGCGGAGGCGGGAAGAAAAAACUGGACAUGUGGUGUAAAGUAGUUUUUGAAUUGUACGUAAAUGUUUCUUUGUUUUGUUUUUUUUUCACUCGCCACAAAAAAAAGCCGGGAUUUACCAGGAUUAGGAACCGAUGAUGAAUAGAUACUAGGUGAUGUUGUUGCUUGUCGUUUGGGUUCAAAUAUUUAUGAACUGUAUCUGAGCCAACUAACUUUUUAACAGUCUGAGAUAAUAGGACGCCAGUGGACUGCAGCCGUGAUGUUGUACAUAAUCUUUUUGAGAUCCGUCUCGAUGGGUUUGUCAUGUAGUUGUCAGGAGGUUUUCCUGCACAAUAAUCCACCCUUCCUGUAUUUAAUAUGUUCCUUUGUGUCACACGGUGAUGUUGCUUAGAGUAGGAUCUGGUCGUAGAGAAGUGGUUUCAGGUACGAUGUCAUUACCUCUCUGUGUAACUGGAAAACAAAAAACACUCAAAAUUAAAGGUAAUUUGGUAAAUUUGGCAGAAACUGCUCAUCGCAAACCCAGUUUUGUUGAAAUAGUGUUAAAAUAUGUGAAACUUGUUUGUUUUUCUUCUUAUUUUAAGGAUAGAUUAUGAAAUUAUGUUGUUCUCUGUUGACCUUUUGCUCUUUUUCGUUCAUCAGUGUUAAAAAAAAAAGCUUUGUAAAAACUUGUUGAAUAUUUUCAGGAUCUAUUUAAGUUAAGUUUGAUGAUGAUGAUGAUGAUGAUGCACAUUAUAGGCUGAAGUUAUGUUGACGCCUCGCUCGAUGUUUGACAUUUCCUGUCGAUAAAUCACUGCUUCUUAAUUCUCUCUCUUUUUAAGACGUGUUCUCUCCUCCUCCUCCUCUUCCUCCUCCUUCCUUCUUCUCGGAUUGCUUUUAACUUAAAGGACUAACACUUACAUUAACUUCAUGUCUUACUUGAACCUGUCAACUGUUGGCUGAUGUGGAUUUCCUGCUGCUGGUUUGAAGUUCUCGCUGGUGUAAAACAAACUAUGUUGGAAGAUCUUAAGCAUUAUUAUGCCAUAUACUAUUAUCAUUACACCUCACUUCUUUGAAUUCGUGUGCACUUGUUAUUCCAAUGUAUCUUGAAUUUUUGAGACUUAAUUUUCCAAAUAAUAAAACCUCAAAUCGGA